AUGUCCGGUAAUGGAUUCAAUCAGCUGGUACCUUUAUUCUCGACUCUAUCUGAGUCAGAACUAAGUAAAACGGUGCUGACGUUAGAUCAAAGGUUCCAUGAAGCGACUACUACAAAUGAAUUGCAUAGUUUAAUAGCUGAAAUAGAUACAACAACAGCUUCAAUUGAUAAAGAAUUGAAUCAUUUCUCUAUAAUAAAACUGAAAAAGCAUCAACAAGAAACAUCCAAUAUUGAAUUAAAUCGGGCGAAAUUAUCGACAACAAUUCUGAAUUCAACCGAGAUGGCUCUGUUAUUCUCGGCAGCUAAUGACUUAGGACAUUCGUUGACAUUCAAGAUCAAAUCAUUGGACCAGGAGAUUGGUAACGUUAAACAAACGUUGGAUUUUGUUACUGAUAUCCAGGCAUUAAAGAAUAAUAUAAACCAGGCGAGUUAUGCUAUUGACCACAAAAACUGGGAAUUGGCAGCUCAAUGUUUACAUACUAUUACGUGUAAAUUACCCGCUGAAUUGGUUAAUGGUAAUUUUGCUUCUGUGGUGAUACCCAGUACUGAUAUUCCUGAGCUACCUUCCGAAACUGUACAAAAAUGGAUUGAAUUGUUAACAGAAGAAUUUAAAAAGGGGUUUAAUGAAGCAUCAAAAAAUAAAAAUGUUUCUGAGUUAACAAAGUACUUCCAGUUGUUUCCAUUGAUUCAAAAGGAGGAGAUAGGUCUCAAUUGCUAUUCUAAAUUCAUUUGCCAAAUAAUAACCGAUACCCUGCGUUCAUUGAUUAAUUCCGCAUCUGGUGGUAGUAAUGCUGCCACCAAACAUGGCAUGUACCUUACUAUAAGUAUGAAAUUGUUUGAAAAUAUAUCUAUGAUGUUGUCUCAGCAUGGACCAUUGAUCAAGAAAUAUUACGGCUCUACAUAUGACAAUGCAAUUUCAUACGUUGUAACAAAAAUACAGCAUGAGAUUGAUUCACAGAUUGGUUUGAUUAGUGACACUUUCUACGAUAUAAAAAGAAUCGAUAAAGUCAUUCAAGACAUUAGUCUAUAUAACUUCCCUGUUUUGUCAAAAAGGUUUUCAGACCAUGAAGAUCCAUCCGGUGUUGACCAAGCAAACUUAAAUCCAGAGGAGGAUGAAUUGGUUUCCAUUGUUGAAAUUGGAGACUUGGUAAGUGAGUUGGCUGGAAUCUUACAUAAUUGGGCAUUGUAUUGUAAAUUCAUAACCUUAAAGUAUUACCAAUCCAAUGACGGUACUGAAAACGAAGAGGGAUUGAAGCUUCCAAAAUUAAUCAUAGACUCCAAUUUCACAAGUAAGAUUCACAAGAAAUUCUUGCCUGCAUUUGAAUCCUUAUAUUCCUAUUAUUUCAGAAGAUCUUUGGAGAAAGCUAUAACCAUUGAAGAAUUGCCAUCAUUAGAACCACAUUUGAUAAUGACUUCGUCAUCAGAUCCACCUGAUCAAGUACCUUGUUCAUCUGUCAUAGAAGAUGCUACAUUGGUGUUAAACACCACUUUAAGAAACAUAAUAGACACAGCGCAGCCAAUCACACUCAAACGAUUCAUAAACGAAGACUUUAAAGUUAUUCAAAGGGACUUAAUUAAUGGAUUCUUUAUUAAAAAUUUAAAUUCUAAUCAGCCUCGUUAUAACUCUACAUUGACGUUAGUUGCACCUACAUCGAAUCCAAAUGGCGUACUCAGCGGUACUGCCAGUCCUGGAAUAUCUAGAAGUGGGACGCCUGUCCAUGAAGGUUCAGGUACUAUGGGUUUUUUUAAAGGAGCUUCUAGUGCUUUGGGUAAUGUUGUCGGAAGUGGAGCUGCUGGAGCUGGAAUCAGUACAACAGCCGCACAUACUAAUAAUGCUAAGUUAAUGAAUUUUGUAUUGUAUUUAAAUACUGUUGCAAUGGGGCAAGAGUACUUCACAAAGAUUUUUGAAAGCAUAACCAAAAACAGUCCGGACUACUUAAGAAAUAAUUUCCCCUUUGGUAAAGACCUGGAAAAGAUUGCAAGCAUACUCAAAACAGAAUUUUUGGAUCCAUUUAUAUCAAUCACCAAUAAGAUUAUUCAAGAUAGUUUAAUUAAUUUUUACAAUCAAUCGCUUAAGAAUAAAUUACUUAAUCUUAUUAAUGAUUGUUUUCCUGAUGCUAACGAUUCACACUACAUAAUAUACUCAGUCAACUCUCUCAAUGAUAAUUCAACUAUCUUGAGAUUCACAACAACAUGGCAAUCGUUAAUUAGACCAUAUAAGCAAACGUUUCAUAAGUCAUUAAUUUUCCAUAAACUCUUGAGGCUAUUGGUUGUAAAUUUGGCCAAUUUGAUCGAGAAAAAAUUGGUAAAUGUGUUAAAGAAGUUCAAAAUAAAUGAAUUGGGAUCACUUAAGUUGGAAAAGGAUAUGUCUCACAUUAUUAAUGAAAUGUGUGAAGAUAACUAUGAAUUAAGAGAAAAGUUUGUAAGAGUAACUCAAUUAGUUUUACUUGUUGGCAUGGAUGACGAAGAAUACGACAUGAGUAACGAAGGUGGUCAUAACAAUGAUGAAGGUGAUCAAGCGGACGAAGAUUUGGGUGUUAACUGGGUUUUGACUCCAAUGGAAAGAAAGCAGGCUAGAAAGUUUAGGGUUUAA